AGGGCGGAAGUGAUUUGUGGCGGCGUAAACAACAGAUGCACAGUGUGAUUGUUCCAGUCCGGUCAUUUCUAGAUUAACAAAACAAAGUAUCUUCCAAAACAUACUAUGACUACGGCAUACGGAAUACAUUCUCCAGCUGCGCAAAUCUCUGCUGUUCCUCCUUAGUAGGGAGCUUGCUCGUUUAGUUGCUAGUAAAAGGACUGUUCUUAUAGAAAUGGACUGCGUUGUGACGAGUGGAAACGUGAAAGUAUUGGCCAAAGCCAUCCACUCCUUGUCCAGAAUUGGAGAGGAGCUCUACGUCGAGCCUCAGAAAGAUAAUGGGCUCGCUCUGCGGUCUGUGAACUCUUCUCGGUCGGCUUAUGGUUGCUUCCUGUUUUCGCCUCUCUUCUUCAGCAGGUACAUUGUCCCCAAUGGCCAUGCCUUCCGCUGCAGGAUGUUAAUAAAGAGCGUGCAGGCAGUAUUCAGAUCGAUGGCAUCUCUGGAAAAAAAUGUGGAAAAGUGUCACAUCCAUCUGGAUGAGCAAAAGGAUCGCCUCAUCUUUACACUGCAUUGCAAAUACGGCCUCUUGAAGACUUACAACCUGUCUUUCCAGGACAGUGAGAGCUUACAAGCGGUAUUUGAUAAGGACAGCUGCAGAAAUGUACUUCGAGCCAUUCCAAGGUUGCUUCUGGACACAGUUGCACAUUUCUCACCAUCUCUGGAAGAAGUGACUCUUUCUGUCAGCGAUGAGCGAAUGUGGCUCAGAAAUCAUGUGGAUGAGGAAUUAGCACAUUCCAAGGCCAUGUUUACCGAACUGUGUCUGGCCUCCGACGAGUUUGAACAUUUUGCUGCCCAAGCUCACAUCAGCAUAACCUUCUGCCUAAAGGAACUACGGGGUUUGCUAUUUUUUGCUGAGAAUACAGGUUUCCCUAUUUCCAUGUACUUCGAUGAGCCGGGCAGCCCUCUUGUGCUCUCGGUAUCAGACAGCGUCCUGGAAGGAAACUUUGUGCUGGCCACGCUUUCAGAAAAUACCAGAAACGAAACAAAAAGUGUCCCUCCUCCUGACGACUGCAUGAACGACGACAUGGACUCCUACCUCAUCGCCAUGGAUACCAGUAUGGUGGCAGGUCCAUCCACAGCGGACUCCACAAGUUCAAAGCGGCAGAUGGGAGCUCAUCACAGGACAGGGCUGCACAGUGAACAAGAGGAGGAAGAGGAAACAGCAGAAAUAUAUGAGCCACCAAAUAAGAAGUUCUGUUCCUUGUUGUUUGGAUCGGUGCUUCCGCUGUCGUCUCAGAUGAACACUCAGCGACUGAGCACUCAGCGACUGAGCAACCAGGAAGUGCUCGCCAGUGACAGUGAGGACGACACGUAACUAGACUGACUGUGCGUUGAAAAAAUUCUUUGUUCAUUUUCCAUUUCUUAAGUGAUAGCCUGAGAUAACGUUGUGGAGAGCACCUGCCCGUGUAAAGUAUAAACUUAUUUUUUUAUUGUUAUUAUUAUAGGGUUACAUUGUGAACUGGCAAUCAUGUUGAAACUAGACAUGAAGGACUUUUGAGUUUCUUUUGCAAAGAUGAAAAUAUUUUCCUCAAAAUAAACCAAACAAAAGAAA